UUAAGACUGACAACAACCUUGUUGCAGACUACCUAUCAAGAAAAAGGAACUCAAACUGAACCAGAUACAAUGGAAGAGAUACUCAAAGCUAUUACUACACUUUCUGCGAAAGUAGGAAGUAUGGAUAAAGAGCUACAAAAGAUAAGUCAGCAGCAUGACUAUAAAUAUGCGGAGCUACGUCGAUCGGAAGACGCUAAAAAUCCAGAGCUAGAAGGAGACGUUGGGAAACUCCCUAAAACCCAUAACAAUGUUUGUUUAAAUGCAGCUACAGCCAGCACAUCUACAGCAGGACAAUCUACAAGAAAGGAGGAGAAUAAGAUAAAAUAUACAAAUACAAAUUUGAAUAAACUAUUCUCAAAACCAUACACUCCUCAAAAUACCCAAAAAGAUAUAUCUGUUACCCCGCAAACAAAUACUUAUAAAGCCAGCCUAGACUCUCAAAAACAGACAUAUAAUUACAUCACAAGAACAUACAUAGAAAAUAUACACAGAGUACAAACAUUUCUAAACCUAAACCCCAGAGCCAAAGAAACAAAAAACCCAACUGAAGACUAUAUAACCCAAUAUUUACAAGGAUACAAUAAGCUAAUUGCACAACCAGGAACCAACCCAAAUCUAGUAGCAACCUGCUACAACUACGGAUUAUUAAGUACUGUAUAUACAAUAACGGGAGACGAGAUAUCAAAGAUACAGAAAACAGCAGCAACAAAUGAAAGAAAAACAUAA